AUGUCGGAUCAGAAGGAAAACAUUGAUACUGAGAAUAUAACUGACGUGUCGGAGAAAAGCAGUGAUGCCCUUGAGCCUAUCAGCAUUCCAGUGUCCACAGAAGAUCUUCUAGAUUCAGAUGUCAAUGGAGGGGAGCCAGAGUCUGAACCAGAGGUAUCGACUGACAGCUACGGAAUACAUGUGGAGCUUCAGGAGAGCUAUAGAAGGCUACCAAAAAAUGAUGAAAAUGUACUCGGAGACGAAGAGGUGGAGCCUAGCCCGGUGCCAGUAAAUGAUCACAGCCAGUCUUUAACCGCACCUGACAUUGCAGGGCAGUCACCCCCUCUGCAUCCAGAUGAUAAGCCGGCAUUUCAGGAUGAAAUAAGGAUGAUGAAGGAGACUUUAAAGAUAGCCUCGGAAGAUUUGGAAACAACAGUCAAAAUUGUACUUAUGCCUGUGGCCCAGGAAAUUUUAGUGUCUCUUAGAGCAGACUACAGGUUUAUGUAUCUCAAGGAUUAUUUUGCAGAUAUUUUAAAUAUUCCAGCUGAAGUGUUGAAGAUGACCUGUUCAGGAAAAAUUCUUAAAAAUCAAGAGAACCUCCUUCAACUUGGAUUUAAGCCCCAGGACACUGUCACAAUGGAAAUCUCAUCCACCAACCAAGUGCUGUAUCCAAUCAAACGGGUGCAUGGCCUAAGUAAUGGUUCUAAAUUCAUAACUGUCAGAGUGGAAACUGGCUUUGAAUGCUAUGAAGAUGUACCUGUUGAGAUUGUACAAUGUGACUUUCAUAAACCUUUUCUUGGUGGAUUCAGACAUAAGAAAACAAAGACAGAGUAUCACAAUGCUGGAACACAAACUGUCCCAAAGAAGCUAGAGGAAAAGAAGGAUGUGUUUUGCAGGGAGACACAGACAGUUUGUGUGAGGGAAAAAUACCAACAAACUGUAAAUACAACAUCCACACAGAUGACUAAAAUUGGUGUAUAUGUAUCGAAUAUGACUGAUAAACUGAUAGCACCAGGAAUAUAUUUCACAGCGGAAGAGUACCACUUGGAAAGAUUAGCAGCGGUAAUAGUGUUACAGACUUACUAUAGGCAAUGGCAUGCAAAAACCUUGGUAAAGGAGUUAAAAAGGCAGAAAAAGUUGAGAGAGGAGUGGGAACGUCAAGAAGAACUAAGGAAGAAAAGAGAAAAAGAAGAAGCACUGAAAAUGGACUAUGACCGGAGACAUCAUCCUAAGACAAAAGAAGAUUUUGAACUUCUUUAUAAUGCACUUGAAUUCUGGCAUCAUGAACAGAAGCAGUACAUUGACCAGCUUUUCACUGGAGCCGAGAGGAAGGCAGCUCUGUGCGAACUUCUGGAAAAGGAGACGCAGAUAAUUUCUUCUGUCGGGAGACACAGGCACAAGGCAAAUCAGGAGAACCAGGAAGCCUCGGUACAAGCUUUCCUGGAGAAG